AUGGAUUCCAGCAGUUUGAAGCAGCGGUCGACGCCGCGCCCUCACGAUGCCUCCUCCGCCCCGACCGACGUUAAGUCCAGCGAUGUCAAGUCUGCCGCCUCCAGCACCAGCUCCAUCGUGGUGGGCGACGAGGAGGUUGGAACAAGCGCGCCCGCCGCCGUCGCCGACAAUGGCUGGCCCGACGAUCACCCUGCCAUCAAAGAUCUGCCGCUCGCUGUGCGCCGCGUCGUGAGUCUCGAGGAUGACCCGACCCUGCCGACACUGACCUUCCGCUACUUCGUGCUCACCCUGCUCUUCGUCAUUCCCGGCGCCUUCCUCUCACAGAUGAGCCACUACCGGACUACAUCGGCGCCCUACUCCAUUUUCUUCGUUCAGAUUGCCUCGGACUAUGUGGGCAUGUGGAUGGCAAAGGUGCUACCGGCCUGGCAGAUUCGCCUGCCCGGCACCCGCUUCGGCUUCAACCUCAAUCCGGGUCCUUGGGGUGUCAAGGAGCAUGUGCUCGUGACUCUGUCGGCAGCUUCCGGCGCCUCCUACAAUCUCGCUUACGCGCCUAUUUCAAUCGCCGAACUCUACUUUAAUCAACGAGUCCACCCCGCCGUCGCCAUUGUGUUUAUGUGGGCGAUCGUAUGGACCGGCUACGCCUUUGCCGCCAUUUCGCGCCAGUUCCUGCUCUAUGACCCCCAGUAUCCUUGCUUCCACAGACUAUGUCAAACUGCUCUCUUCGAAACCCAAAAGAAGCAGCGCGAAAAGCCAUCAGCAACCUCGCGCCGCCAGAUCAUCAUCUUCUGGUCCGUCCUAGCCGGCAUCACCCUAUGGCAGUUUCUACCCGAAUUCGCCUUUCCCAUGCUCGGCUCGCUCGCCCUUCUCUGCUGGAUUGCGCCGCGCAAUCCCACCGCUAAUUUCAUCGGCUCAGGAUUUGGCGGUAUGGGCUUCCUCAAUCUCAGUCUCGACUGGUCCAACAUUUCGGGCCUUAGUUACUCGGGCAAUCUGUUCCUCACCCCCUUCUGGACCCAGGUGCUCGUCUUCCUCGCAUUCGUCAUCAACUGCUGGAUCCUCAUUCCUGCUGCAAAGUUUGGCAAUCUCAGCGGCUCCUACAAGCACGGCUUGAUGACGAACAAAGUCUUGACCAUGAACGGAACUCUUUAUCCCCUCAAGUCACUCCUCACUCCACAGGCCACGCUAAACCAGACGGCCUACGCUGAACAUGGCCCGCUAAUGCUCGGCGCCCAGAUGCGUUGGGGAAUGUUCUUCAGCUACGCCGCCUACACCUCAGCCAUGACCUGGAUGGUUUUAUUCGGCUGGGAGCAGAUCAAGGCCACAUAUAUCAAACUACGGGAGCGCAACCUCGACGUCAAAGGCGAGAGUAUGAAUCACCACUACUCGGACCAGCUCAAUAUUCUGCAGCGAUCCUACCCCGAAGUACCAACCUGGUGGUACAUCGUUCUCUUUCUCUUCUCCAGUGUCCCUGUCAUCAUCAUGCUGGCACUUGGACACCUAUACAUCCCAAUCUGGACCUAUUUUGUCGCUUUGGCUACUGGCGCUAUCAUUGUAACACCUCUCGGAUGGCUCUACGCCAUUUCCAACUUUCAGCUUCCCAUUGGCACCUUUAAUGAACUCAUGUACGGGCUUAUGAUUAACACCAUUAAUGGUAAUAAAAACCCUACAGGCGCUACCGUUUACAGUUCUGUCGCCGGCGACGCUUGGUACCGUGCUCAGUACAUGCUUCAGGACCAGAAAAUCGGCCACUACAUGCACAUACCCCCGCGCGCCACAUUUUUCUCUCAGAUCUUUGGCUGCACAAUCGGCAUUCCCAUCAACUAUGCCGUCGUGCGUUGGGUGCUUGAUUCCAAACGUGAAUAUCUUACCGGUGCCAAGGUCGAUCCAUCUCAUCAGUGGACCGGGCAAUCCCUGGCAACUUCCCUGAGUACCUCCGUGCAGUACGUUCUAGUGGGCCCUCACAAACUUUUCAAGGAACCCAUAUUCAAACCCCUACCCUACGGCUUUGUUGUCGGCAUUCUUGCUCCUAUAUUUAUCAAUAUCCUUCACCGUAGCUUCCCAAAAUCUCCUCUCAAGUUCAACUUGUGGAAUACGACUAUCUUUUUCUCCGCCAUGUCUACGUUUUACGGGAAUAUCAGUACCGGAUACCUCUCCGGCUUCAUUGGCAGUUUCUUCAUAAUGCACUGGUUCUUCCAUAAACGCUACGAAGUCUGGGCCCGCUAUAAUUACAUUCUCGCCGCUGCCUUUGAUGCCGGCUUUAACUUCAACAUGUUGCUUAUUUUCUUGUUCUUUGGUGUGAAGGUAAUCUCUAUGCCGCAUUGGUGGGGAAAUAGUGCGGCAAAUAGUGAGCGGUGUUUUGCUCUGAAGGAUGCUUAA